GGGAAGGUGGGGGUAUGGAGCUCUGGACUGGGAGGUGGGCCCGCGUAGCCUCAGUCGUUUCAAGGUUCUUGCUCAGUUAGGUUGGAAUAGUAGCUGGAUGGCUAUGAGCGGUGUUAGUGUUGAAGUCCUCAGGGCAACCUUCGCCCGGGCCGAGAGGGUGAGGCUGAUGAAGCACCAUGAGGAGAAGUGCGCCGCCAGGCGGUCCCCAAUCGACCCCAUCGCCCUCGCCCGCGUCCGCAAGAAUCUCUUCGCAGAGGACCAGUUUGUAUUUUCUUCAACAAACUCUCUCUUCGUAGAACAGGAACUGAGGCGUAUCGAAAAUGUAGAGAAGGCGAGGUGGAACUUCGACUUCGCCAACGAGAAACCUGUCGACGACAAGAAGGGGACCUACAAGUGGGAGCUUUACAACAAACCCCAAAUGAAACAUCUUGUCGCCCCAAAGCCACGCCGGAUUGGCCAGGCCAAAGUGACGGAUUACAUGCCGAAGAGGAAGGGUCUCAAGAGAGCCUCUGACGGAAAACCUGCCCUCAGCCAGGAACAGGAGGUUCAGGCAGAGUCCGUCCAGAUUAUGCAGGUUGAUUAAAUCGCCUCAAAGGCCCCGACUUGCUUUCUCAUCACACUAAUUAUUUUCGUUAAAAAAAAUUAUAUUUGAAACAAAAUAGAAAAAAACAAAAAAAUAUUAAAAAAAAAAAAAUAGAGAGCUAAAUUAUGUUUGUUUAUUGUAGUUUUAUAAUAUGUGCCAUCAGGCUUUGAUUUUUAUUGAUUUAGCAUUUUAUUGCAAAUAUUGCUCUUACUAUUUAUACACUUUUCUAAAUAAAAAAGUAUAUUAUAACUUCAAAGCCUUUAAAUAAUAAAUUAUAACAUGUUUUUAAAAAAGUGUUAUUUUUUUUAGAUAUAUUACAAAUUGUAUAUUAAUUUACAUAAUUAAAAAGUAUAUUUUUAUAUAGAAUAUUGAUUUUUUUCCGCUGAUCUCUUAGCAGCUUGCAUAGUUCUGUAUUUUAUUUUUGUUUUCAAUCAUUAUCUUGAAAAGCAUCGAUUUGUUUCAGUAUUAGUUUAUUGUUCAUUGUAUGUAUAUUGAUUGACUGCUUCUAUUUGUUUAUUUUAAUUUUUAUUAUUUGAUAAAUCUUUGGUUUUACUAUAUCAAUUUGUCUUAUUUUUUACUAUAUUUGUAAGAUUAUAUUAUGUCUUUAGUUUAUAGUUGAUUUUGUAAGUUGAUUUAACAAGGCCGAUCUCAUCAUUAUUAAUUAUUCAUUCCCAAAGAUUUUUUUUCUAACCAAAGUGUAAACAAUAUCCGUUUUUAUUUUUUUCUCCUUUUUUUCAUUAUUUUUUUUAAUCAGCUUCUGAAGUCUGACAGUUAUGGUUGCAAAGUUAUGUUAAAUUGAUGUAUGCAAUUCUUAUAUUAGCAAUAAUUCUAUGUAUAUUACAAUCUUUAAUUAUUGUUCUGAAGGCAUCAAAAAUCAUGAGCCAUGUGGAAUGAAAAAUUGUUGAUUGUAUUUUUUUUUUCAUUUGUUAUGCUUUUUUUUUGCUCUUUGCUCAAAGUGAAGAUGCACUAACUUAUUUUUAUAUAGCUUUUUCGACACAUUUACUCAUGUAAAUAAAAUAUGGUUGCCUUCAGAAUGACUUUUAAAGUAUAACGAAUCCAGUCAUGCUUUUCAACUUCCUAAAGUUGUAACUAUUAUUAAGUUUAUAUCUGUUAUAUUAGUUGACUUGUUCAUUAAAAUAUAAUUCAAUGCAUACCUGUAACCUUGUUGUGUAUACAAAUAUUUAUUUUAAAUCGGUUUAUUCACUAUGAUUCUAUUGUGUUAAAAAUUAGUUAUCAACAAGUAAAAAAAAAAAGUUACUGCUUUAAAUUUAGUUCUGUGCUUUUAUAAUGCGACUCUUGGAAACAAAUAUUAAUCCUUUAAUAUAUUUAUAUUUAAAUAAAUUUGUAUACACAACAAGGUCCAUUUUUGAUGUUGAAACAUGCAACAAUGUUAUACCAUUGUUGGCACAGCUAAUAAAAGUUAAUUAUAUUUUUUGAAUUUGUACAUCUAUCAUUUUAUUUUUAAAUCCAAAUAUGAAACUUUAUGUAUAAGUUUUAAAUUAAUUUAGUUUGCCAAACAGAUCUAAGGAAUAACAAUAAGAUGGCUACUACUUUUUUUAGAUCUCCACAUGUAACAUUUAUUUUAGAGAUUCCUAAUGAUUGUGUAGGAUUUGUUCUGUGAUUUGAAUAUAUGAUCUCAAGCUUGUAUUUUUAUUUUAAGUGUGUUUAUGACAAGAAGAAAAAAAAAAGAGGAGGGCGAAACGUUUUUUUUUAUUAUAUAGCCCUGAAAACUAUUGUUAUAAAUGCUGAGGUGUGACAACACACUCUUACUAUGUUAUAUAUUUUGAUUAUAUAUAUAACUUUAUAAUUUACUUUAAUAAAAUUUUAUUAUUAAAUAAAACCCUUGUUACUUAUUUUUUUUUAGAGUUGGAGUACGUAUUAAAAAUAUAAUUUAAA